UUGACCUGUGAACAACGCUAAGUAACUAGAAAACUUCGAUAAGUUUUCUGAUAAAGUGAAAAGUGAACUGCAAAUAGAAGGAUAGUGCUGUAUAUCCUGAGCCUGGGCUGUGCAAGAAUUGAGCGGAUUAAUAAAUAUUUGGCAUAAAGUGCAACAGUUUGCUGAAGUCGGUUUUUGUUGCUUAAACUCUACUAACGCUCAGCUUCCGCAACAAGCACUUACACCCCUGCCAGUGCUUGCAAAAUGUCCACGUCCUCGAGCAGCCAACGCACCCUGUAUGCGCCAAUAUUAUUACUCGCCACUUCUGCGGCUUUCUUGGCGAUCAUUGCCAACGCUGAAGGUAAAUCGACUGGUAUUGGCUUAACACCACAACAACAGCAGCAGCAACAACAACAGAAUACAAUACUCUCCGAAAUGGAUACUGAAGAUGUACGAGACAAUGAUAUAACCGGAGAUUCGACGAAUUAUGACAAACGUAUGGAACGUUAUGCAUUCGGUUUGGGUCGUCGAGCAUACACAUACACUAAUGGUGGUAAUGGAAUGAAACGUUUACCGGUAUAUAAUUUCGGUUUGGGUAAACGAGCUAGACCAUACUCGUUCGGUUUGGGCAAACGUGGUGAAUAUGAUGAAGAUCAGUACCUUGAUGAUUUGUUGGAUCGCAAUCUCUAUGAUGCGGCAUUUGUUGACGAAAAACGCAACCGACCCUACAGCUUUGGCUUAGGUAAACGCUCACUUCAGGAGCCGCCACCACACCGAUACGGUUUCGGACUUGGACGACGUUAAAUGCCGAGCUAAGGAUACAAGCAAACCCACCAACAAGCACAAUAUCAAAGAGUCACCUAAAUUCUAGGAACUUUUUUCUUUUGUAGCAGAGAUGAAGAACUGAGCUGGAACUUUAAACAACUGACGUUUAGUGGCAUUUGAUGAAAAAUAAAUCAACGAUGAAAAGUCAACCGAAUUGCAUACAUAUAUAUCUAAUACUUUAAUCAUUUAUUUCUUGUCAACAAAAACAUUUGAUUGUCUAAUUUGAAAGCCAUUUGGAACGGUGCAGGGCAAAUAUACCAUACCAAGUAGCUUUCAAGUAAGUCUUAAGGGCAGAAUUUUACUCUUAAAAAAAUAAUUGUUCGCAAGAUACUAAGCUGAAUCUUAUGUUGGGGAGUAUGCACACACAUACAUACUACGAUGUCAAAUAAUCAAAAUCAAAUUGCCAAUUUAUGAAUAUAAUUUAAGAAAAAUUUCCAUUAUAAUUUUAUUUUACGAUUACAUACCAAUAUAAUUACUAACAUUAUAUACAUGCAUAUACUACAUAUGUUAUCUGUAAUAUACAUAAUAAAUAUAAAUAUAAAUAUAAAUAAAGUUGUGUGCAUGGGUAUGUGUAAGGCAUGCACUAAAUAUACAUAAUACUUAGUGGACACUGAAUUGUUGUUGCUGCAGAUGUAUGAGUAUAAGUAUAUAUUAGC